UGCGGACUUCAUGGCGGUGAGGCCCCUGUCCCGGAUGCUGCAGCGGGUGCUGAGGUCCGGCCUCCGGAGCUGUAGCUCCGGGGCUCCAGUGACGCAGCACCGCCCCGGGGAGCCCCCCCAAACUGCUGCGGAGGAGUUGUCCAGGAGGAGACAGUUCCUGCGGGAGCAUGGGGCCCCCUUCUCUGCCUUCCUCACUGACAGCUUUGGCCGGCAACACAGCUACCUGCGGAUCUCCCUCACCGAGAAGUGCAACCUCAGAUGUCAGUACUGCAUGCCUGAGGAGGGCGUCCCACUGACCCCCAAGGCUGACCUGUUGACCACAGAGGAGAUCCUCACCCUCGCACGGCUCUUUGUGAAGGAAGGUAUAGACAAGAUCCGGCUUACGGGGGGAGAGCCGCUCAUCCGGCCAGAUGUGGUGGACAUAGUGGCGCGGCUCCACCAGCUGGAAGGGCUGAGGACCAUCGGCAUCACCACCAAUGGCAUCAAUCUAGCCCGGCUGCUCCCUCAGCUGCAGAAAGCCGGUCUCAGUGCCAUCAACAUCAGCCUGGAUACUCUGGUGCCAGCCAAAUUUGAGUUCAUCGUUCGCAGGAAGGGCUUCCAUAAGGUCAUGGAGGGCAUCCACAAGGCCAUCGAGCUAGGCUACAGCCCUGUGAAGGUGAACUGUGUGGUGAUGCGAGGCCUGAACGAGGACGAGCUCCUGGACUUCGUGGCCUUGACUGAGGGCCUCCCUCUGGACGUGCGCUUCAUAGAGUACAUGCCCUUCGAUGGUAACAGAUGGAACUUCAAGAAGAUGGUGAGCUACAAGGAGAUGCUGGACACCCUCCGGCAGCAGUGGCCAGAGCUGGAGAAGCUGCCUGAGGAGGAAUCCAGCACAGCCAAGGCCUUUAAAAUCCCUGGCUUCCAAGGCCAGCUCAGUUUCAUCACGUCCAUGUCUGAGCAUUUCUGCGGAACCUGUAACCGACUGCGAAUCACAGCUGACGGGAACCUCAAGGUCUGCCUCUUCGGGAACUCAGAGGUGUCUCUCCGGGACCACCUACGGGCAGGGGCCUCCGAGGAGGAGCUGCUGAGGGUCAUCGGGGCCGCUGUGGGCAGGAAGAAGCGGCAGCACGCAGGCAUGUUCAGUAUUGCCCAGAUGAAGAACCGGCCCAUGAUCCUCAUCGAGUUUCUUUUGCUGCUCCAAGAUUCCCCACCAGCCAUCCCAAGCAUUUCCUCCCAGGACCCCUUUCGUGUUCAGGGUAUAAGACACAGAGUGAGUUUCUCCAACCAGAAGGCGACUCUGUGGGAAGGAGGCUGGUUCCCCCGGACCCCUCUUCUUGCCCAGUGGCAGCUGAGGUCCAGCUGCCUUCAGAGACACUACAGCUCCCACCUCGACUCGGAUGACAACCCAAAGUGCCUUAGCGCAGUGGCCCAGGCUCCUGCCACCCCAUCAGGACCCCUGCCAACUGCGGACCAACUAACCCAUGUGGACACGGAAGGACGGGCAGCUAUGGUAGAUGUGGGUGGGAAACCUGACACGGAGCGGGUGGCUGUGGCCUCAGCCGUGGUCCUCCUGGGGCCCGUGGCCUUCAAGCUCGUCCAGGAGAACCAGCUAAAGAAGGGCGAUGCCCUGGCGGUGGCCCAGCUGGCCGGAGUCCAGGCGGCUAAGCUGACCAGCCAGCUGAUCCCUCUCUGCCACCAUGUGGCCCUGAGCCACGUCCAGGUGUGGCUGGAACUGGAUGCCACACGCCACGCGGUGGGGAUCCAGGCGUCCUGCCGGGCUCGGGGCCCCACCGGUGUGGAGAUGGAAGCCCUGACCGCUGCUGCCGUGGCUGCCCUCACUGUGUACGACAUGUGCAAGGCUGUUAGCAGAGACAUCGUGUUGGGGGAGAUAAAGCUCCUGAGCAAGACCGGGGGUCAGCGUGGGGACUUCCAGCGGACUUAGAGCUCUUUGCUUCUCACCCCUGGCCCAGCCAGGUCAAGAUGGGCUGCAGUUCCCACAAGUUCCUAUAACUCCGUCCCUGUUUACCUCCGCCAGCAGGAGCCCGAGGUCGGCGCCCCCUUCACUGCUACACCAUCUCUAGUGAGCUACACAGUCUCCUGUCACCCUUCCUGGACACUCCAGUCACGGGAGGGGAUUGCCGUGAGCAGCACUAGGGAACCGAGAAAUCCCAUGGUCUGCCGUAGUCCCCAGAUAACACAUGUAGUUUCAGACGGGACGGCCCUUAACUUCCACUCUUCAUUUUGGGUUUUCUCUUCUCUUUCCUUGGGAGAGAAUAAGGGCUCAUGAAGCAGAGGGAACCCACUGUGAGGAGGGAAGAGCACGGUUUGCAUUAAGAAUGUUGCACUACUUCUCUAAAGCGGUUUUGCCUUCCCAAGUUUGGGGAGCCGCACCCCCACCAUCCCUCUAAAAGGGCCAGUUCUUCCCUCCUCUGGCCUGCGUCUGGGUCCCAUCAGACUUGCAGGGUUUUGGCUUCACUGCUGCACUCGUCCUGCUAGCAGCUCCCUUUCCUGGGCCCCCCUGCACUAGGACAGGACACACAUGGGUAGCAGCCCUGAGGACAACUGCCCCUGCACACUGCUCUUCCACCUCCACCCCACACCCACAGCCCUUUGUUCUGGAACAUAUCAGGGAAAGAAGAGAGUUGAAGACUGCCUUCACCCUCACAGCGUAUAAAAUAAAGCCACAAUGCCAACUUCGGAGAUGUAAGAAUGGGGACUUUCUGAGGUGCCAUGAAUUCAUGCCCGCGCCCUCGCCCCCCAGGGAAAGAGGAGCAGGAAGGAUGCUAUCAGAGCCAAAGGGGCACAUUCUCUGUGGAUCCCCUGUCUUCCCUUGGGAGGCCAAGAGAGGCACCUCCUGCCAUAAGUGGCCAGUGGGGGCGUCCAAAGCUCAUCACAGGG